AUGUUUGAAAAUGAUGAAAAUAUUAUUGAAUCAUUUUUAUUUGAUAUUCAUCUUAAUCCACAAGGAAACUUACCUAAAACAUACGGUUUGACAUAUGGAACUGAAAAUAUACAUCGUUUAAAUAUUGUUAAUAAGACAGUCAUUCCAUCUACAAUUUAUUGUUUAAAACAUUUGAAACGAUUGUAUAUACAAAAUACAUGUCUUUAUUGUUGCAAUUGUCAACAAGUUGAUGUGAUUGAAUAUUUUCCAUCGUCACUUACGGAAUUGAGUAUUUCUGAUACUAAGAUUAUUCAUUUAUCGGAACAUUUAGGUAAACUUACACAUUUACAAUCAUUAAAAUUAUCAAAUGUUGGUCUUAAAACUCUUCCAGAUUCUAUUGGUAAUUUAUCUUCAUUAAUUAUGUUAUACUUACCGAACAACAAUCUAACAUCAUUAUCAACCACUAUUAAAAAUCUUAGAUUCUUACAACAAAUAACAUUGAAAAAUAAUCCAUAUCUUCGUUCAGUAAAAGAACUCAAUGGUCUUCAAUCUCUUGAAAUAUUGGAUGUAAGAUAUUGUUUAAUUGAAGAUUUACCGCAUGAUAUACCUAAAUUAAUUGAUCUUUAUAUGUCAAAUAAUAAUUUAACCAAACUUGAUGGCAUUCAAACAUUAGGUUAUAGAACAAGUAGUAAAAAAUCUUUUUAUUUUGAUAUGAAUCAUAUUCGACUUAUAACACCACAAAUUCGACGUGUUAGAAAUCUUUAUCAACUCAAUCUUAAAGACAAUAAAUUGACAAAUUUGCCAUCAGAUAUUUUCGACAUACGGACACUUCGAGUUUUAUCGGUUGACGACAAUCUUUUUGAAAAUGAUAAAUUAAUCAAGCAACUCUACGUCACAUUUAAAAUUUUAUACAAAUCUAAAUACAAAUCUUCUUAA